CUUUAAGUGGGUUUUACAUCCGGAGCAACAUCUUCAUAUCCCGGAUACAAGAGAGCCAGAGUGCUGCCGAAGACAACCCACCUUUAACGCUUUGGUUUAUAACGGAUAAACAGGUGCAUCGUGUGUUGCUUCUGGCUCUCGGUUCACGAUGUCUCAGAACCAGGUGAUCCUGCAGUUCCGCUUCGCCACAUUCGGCGACUCGAUGCUGCAGAAGAUGAACCUCCUGAGACACCAGAGGCGAUUCUGUGAUGUCACGGUUCGCAUCAACCAGCUGGAGGUCCCCGGUCACAAAGUGGUGUUCGCCGCCGGAUCCUCUUUCCUGAGGGACCAGUUCAUCCUGCAGCAGGACUCCAGGGAGGUGCAGAUCUCCAUGAUCCAGGAGGCGGAGGUGGGCCGGCAGCUGCUGCUCUCCUGCUACACGGGACAGCUGGAGUUUCCCGAGCUGGAGCUGGUGCAUUAUCUGACCGUCGCCAGCUUCCUGCAGAUGGGCCACAUUGUGGAGCAGUGCACUGAGGCUCUCAGUAAGUUUAUCAAACCUGCACGCAAGCUAGAAGUGGAGGUGAGAAGAGAGAAGGAAGAGGGGUUGUCCAAGAGAGAGCAGGAGGUUCGGACUGUCCACCAGAAUAAGCAGGACGACGAGGAAGAUGAUCGUGAUAGUGAUGAUGAUGAUGUGAUUAUACAGCCUAAUUCCCCUCCUCAGAUCCUAAGCAGGUGUCCAAAGCAGCAGGCUGACGUUGAUAUCGCAAUCGUUAAAGUGGAAUCGGUGUCUGACGAAGUAGAAAACUCCUCCGUCGCUCACUUCCCCAGGAGCCCACCUCCCGCCCUGCACUCCCCCGAGCCCCAGCACUCGCUCAUCAACUCCACCGUGGACAGUCGUUGUAGCGAAACUGCGGCGCCCCCCGGGGUGUCGGGAUACCCCCUCAGUCCUCUGAGCCCCCCGCCUCCAUCACCUCCUGCUGAGAAGCACAGCGUCCACCAGAGGAACUACGACAAACCCCUACAGUGGUACCACCAGUGCCCCAAAUGCUCCAGGGUUUUCCGGCAGCUGGAGAACUACGCCAACCACCUGAAGAUGCACAAGCUGUUCAUGUGCCUGCUAUGCGGGAAGACCUUCACGCAGAAAGGGAACUUGCACCGACACAUGAGGGUUCACGCCGGCAUCAAGCCCUUCCAGUGUAAGAUCUGCGGGAAGACCUUCACGCAGAAGUGUUCGCUGCUGGAUCAUCUGAACCUGCACAGCGGGGACAAGCCGCACCGAUGCAACUACUGCGACAUGGUGUUCGCUCACAAGCCUGUUCUCCGUAAACACCUGAAACAGAUCCACGGGAAGAACAGCUUCGACAACGCCAACGAACGCAACCUGCAGGACGGGGGGAUUGACUUUGAUUUUGGGCAAAUAUGACAUUUUUGUUGAAUGCCUUCAGUCAUUUACACGUAGACUUUCCCACUGGUGGAAUAUUAUCAAUCUAAAUAACAGUCCUGAGAAACUCACAGCUGGAUGAUACAAACGAGAAGAUAAGAUGCUCCUCAGAUGUUUCCAUUUCCUGAGUUGGGAAGACUUUAUUCAAACUUCCAUGUGAAGAGAUGUCCAUGUGCAUCGUUGCUUUCAAGCAGAUGAGCUGUAUGUUAUUGCUCUGCGCUUUAAGACUUUAAGAACAUAUUCAUCUGUUGCCGGUUCUCCGUAAACACUUCAAACAGAUCCACAGGAAGAACAGCUUCGACAAAGCGAACGAACGCAACCUUGACUUUCAUUUUGGGCAAAUAUGAAAUAUGGGCAAACAACUCUGGAUUCAGCUUUUAAUGCUUUUUACAACUUGCAGACCCUAAUGAUUUUAAAUAAGGGCUAUAAAAGUGAUCGUGCUGUGUAAUUUAUUUAGCUACAAAGAAAUGAUUUACAGAUGUCUAUAAGUCAAUGGUAAAAAGUAUUUGUCACGGAAGCUGUAGUACAACCGUUUGGCCACUACCACCAUUCAUAAAAAUGUGUCAACUUUUUUUGGCAGUUUUGUUUAAGGCAGGGGGGUCAAACUCAAUUUCAUGGUGGGCCACAUUCGCAUUAAAGGUUGCACUCAACAGGCCGGUUGUAACUAUAUAAAUAUAUAAUAUAUAAAAGAAUGUAUUAUAUUACAUUAUUGCCUCUGAAUUGGAUUAUUAUCGGAUAGGAACAUAGUAAUAGUCUGAAAGCAGAAGUCCAGGGCAAAUAAUUGCAAGUCUCUGCGCAUGUCACAAAACGAGAUGCAUUGUGGGACAUGUAGUUUAUGGGCAACCUGCUUCUGUAAAUCGGCAUGUAACCGUAUAAUAAACUUAUUAUAUUCUUUGCAAGGUCUUGCGGGGCCACAGAAAAUGAAGUUGCGGGCCGGAUUUGGCCCCCGGGCCUUGAGUUUGAGACCCCUGGUUUAAGGCUUUCAGUCAUUGAAACGCAGACGUUCCCACAGUUGGAAUAUUAUCGCUUAUUGAGCAGUCCUGAGAAAUACACAGCUGGAGGCUCCGUACAGUCUGUUACUUUUGUGUGAGAAACCAAGAUUAACAUUUAAAUUUAGAACGGUCCUCAACCAAGUCCAAUGGUGCAUUCAACUGCUCCUGGGUCGUUUCCAUUUCCUGAGUUGAGAAGCCAUCUUUAUUCCCACUUCCAUGUGAAGAGAUGUUAAUGUGCUUACCAACAUGGAUGCGUUGUAUGUUAUUACUCAGUGCGCUUAAAUAAUACAUUGAUAUCUGUUUCCAAGAGCGGACAUUUUUCAAGACAGGAAUUCAUUUUUCUGAUUAUUCCAACAUCACAUGAAUGCAACGCAAAUCUCUGGCUUUAAAGAGGCAUGAUUCGCAUAAUAGGGCCCCUUUAACAAAAUAAUGUCAUGAUUUGGAACUUCUCCAAAAUGAAAUGGGUUCUUCCUUGGCUUAUGUUACACCCAUCUACCAAGUUUCAUGAUAAUCAGGCUUUUCGUUUUUCUGGGGAAAGAUGGCGGCUGUUUUUGCAAAGUGUCACCCUCCUCUUGGUUCAACUUGAGAAUGUAAGCAUGAAAAAGUGUUCCUGGUCUACAUUUCACUGUAUCUUCCUCUUCGUGGACUGUUUUAUAAUACAUUGUAGAUGCCUUCAUAUCGUACUUGAAAGAUUAGCACUGAAACACAACAUAUUGACUGUACUUCACGAGUUUUAUUGAUGAAUUAACACGUCUUUGUGUCGUCCAAUGAAAAAUAUAUCCAUGUGUAUACAGUCUACUGUAGCCUUUCUCUCUUAGCUGUGUAAAUACAUUUAACUAAAAUAAACUUGAAAGGGCGGGUAGAAAAACACAUUUUAUUGAAGGCAAGCUACGCCGGUGACAAACGGGAUGCCAAAGUGUCUAUGUGAACUGAAUCGGUUCUUUUAUACAGUCUUUAUAUAUCAACAGUAUGAGGUACGAUUAGACCAAAGUGACAUUGUAUCUGUCCUGUGAUCAUGGGAGUCAAUGUGUGUUAUAAAAUAAAAACAGAUUCUUAAUUAA